AUGUCAGAAGCAGACUUCAUAGCCUUCCCGCCAGCCUCAGAGGCAGGCAGCUCAACGCCUAAAAAGACAGGCGGCCGAGCCUUCAAAGAACGCAUCAACACCACCCUCUUUGUCUCUUCCCUUCCUUACACAGCCACCUCGACCGACCUCGUCACUCACUUCUCCUACCUCGGGCCAGUGCGUCAUGGGUUCGUAGCCACCGACAAGGCGUCCGGCAAAUCCAAGGGUGUCGGCUAUGUCACCUACUCGCUCAAGGAGGACGCCGAGCAGGCGCUUCUCGAGCUGGACAAUAAAGACUUUGGGGGGAAUGGACGGAAGAUCCGUGUAGGAUGGGCAACGGCGCGUCCGGGCACACUGGAGCGGAUCAAGAAGGCGGAAAUCGCAGCGGAGGAGCCGGGGAAGGUGUAUCAGCCUGGACUGAGGGUCAAGUCUAUCGAUACCUCGUCGGCGUCGACGUCGGCAGCGGGAGCGGCAGGGGUGAAGGUGGAAGAAGGAGAAGAAGGGAAGGAUCCCAAGGCAAUAAGGACGGUGGUCGUGUCGGGUCUGCCGGAGGUGACCAAGGCGGUCCUGUGGAAGAAGGUGCGCAAGGUGAAUGAGGGGAUUGAGGUGCUUUUCCCGGUGGAAGGGCAGGAGGGAGUGGCGCAUCUCGUAUUCCCGAGCCACGGGGAGGCGGUCAAGGGGAUCGGAAAGCUGCAUGGGCACACAUACAAGGAGAAGAUUGUGUCGGCGAUGCUAAAGAAGCGGGUGGAGAAGCUGGGGAUGGGGCAGGCGGCGGGUAAGGGCGUUAGUCACGCGGGACGUCUGAUCGUCAGGAACUUGGCGUGGCAUACUACCGAGCAAGAUCUCCGAGCCACUUUCCUGCCAUACGGUCCUAUAAACUCCAUCGACCUCCCCAAAGCCCCCUCCAACUUCCCCGAGCGGAACGGCAAAGACGCCAAGCCCCGAGCGCGCGGAUUCGCCUUUGUCUGGUUUGUCGCCAAGACGGACGCCGAAAAGGCCAUCGAGGGCGUCAAUGGCAAGCCGAUCAAAUACGCCAGCGAGGCAGCGAGAGCGAAUGCAAAGAAGGAGGAGGCGAGGGUGGUGGCUGUGGACUGGGCGUUGAGUAAGGACAAGUGGGAGGAGAUCAAGAAGGACGGGGAGGGGGUCAAGAAGGAGGAGGCAGAGGAGGAGGGGUCAAGCGACGAAGAGGAGAAUGGGGAAGAAGGGGAAGAUGAAGAUGUGGAGAUGAAGGAGGGAGCGGAAGAGCAGGAGGAAGAUGAGGACGUCAAGCCUGUCAAGCCGACAUUGCCGACGGUGGAUGUGGGGUCGACGCUUUUCAUCCGGAAUCUGCCCUUCGAGGUGACAGAGCAGGAGCUGAAUACCUUGUUCCGCUCUUUCGGCCCGCUUCGGUACGCUCGAAUCACCAUGGACAAGACAACCGGCCGGUCUCGCGGAAGCGGUUUUGUCUGUUUCUGGAAGACGGAAGAUGCGGAUGCGGCCAUCGAGGAGGCUGAGCGGGUGAACCAGGAGACGGGCACCAACUCCACUCCUCUCGGAGGCGGAAACAACCCAUUCGCACUUCCAUCAGUUCUGACCGUCGACCCGUCCUCGAGUCUCGCUUCCCGCUUGGUCAUCAAUGGUCGGUCGCUCGAGGUUACUCGGGCGGUGACGAGGGAACAGGCGGGACAGAUGAAGGAGGAUGGCGAGCGAGCGAGGGCUACGGGCGAUAAACGGAAUACUUACUUGAUGCGCGAAGGAGUGGUCUUCCCCAAUUCCCCUGCGGCCGCUUCACUGCCCGCUGCCGAGCUCGAAAAGCGUCAAGAAGCCUUCAAUGCUCGUCGCACCCUCCUCCGCUCCAACCCCUCCCUCUACAUCUCCAAGACCCGUCUCUCGAUCCGCCAACUCCCCCUCUUCGUCACUGACCGCACCUUGAAACGCCUCGCCAUCCACGCUAUCCGGACAUUCGACGCCGAAGUCGAAGCCGAGACUCGCGAACCCCUGACGCGCAUCGAAGAAUUCGACGAUACACUCUCGCCCGCCAUUGCCGCGCGCGGCGACAAGGGCAAGAACAAGAAGAAGGCCGAGCGCGAGACGCCGGUCAUCCAGAGUAAAGUCGUGAGGCAGACAGAGAAGGUGGAUCCGUUGACGAACAUGGGGCGGAGUAAGGGGUACGGUUUUCUCGAGAUUCGGAGUCAUCGCGAGGCGCUCAAGGUGCUGCGGUGGGCGAAUAAUAAUGCGGAGAUAGGGGAGUUGGUCUGGGGUUGGUGGAAGGAGGAAAUGAAGGAGGUUCUGGAGCGGGCAAAGAAGGAGUUGGAGAGUCGGCGGAAGCCGGUCGAGGUCGCGGAAGAGGGGGAAGAGGGGAAGAAGGUGGAGGGUAAAGAGAAGGAGAAGGAGUCGAUUGAGGAGUUGGAGGCGAGAGUGAGGAAGUUGGAGGAGAGGUCGAGGGAGGGUGAUGAUCGGAGUUCGGGGGGGAUGAGGGGUGGGAAGACGUUGAUGAUUGAGUUUAGUAUUGAGAAUGUCCAGGUCGUCAAGCGGCGAGUGGAGAAGAUCACUACGGCUCGAUCGGAUUCUCGAUCAGACCCUCGGCCGGCCAAGCGCGCCGCGGUCGACAGCGACGAUGAGGGAGCUGCACCUGCACCCGCAGUCACUCGCGCCGCUGGCCCCGGAGGUCGAGAUAGGUCUAAACGUCAGAGGACAGACGGACCUGCUCCAUCAACUACCACACCAGCGGCAGAUGGGGCUGCCCGUCGCGUCGAGAAGCGGGAAAAGGCAAAUGCGAGCGGCAAGAAGCCACAGUGGAAGCCUCCUGUUCAGCAGUCCAACAAGGCGCCAGGGGAGAAGACGGCGAGAGGGCGGGAGAGGACAGAGAAGCGGGACAAGGAGCGGGCUGCUAAGGCUGCUGCGGCUGGCGGUGGCGGUGGAGCGGGAGGGGCAGCGGGAGGGGCACCGACAGAGACAAGCGGGGAGAAGAGGGGGAUUGAGAAACAGGGGGCGAAUUUGGGAUCGAUGAUUGGCAGGAAGAGGCGGAUGCGGAAGGGUGGGAAGUGA